CCAUCCUAGAAUACCUUUGAAAAGUUGGUAAAAGUCAGACUUCUGAGGCUAGCGAUCAUUUUAUGUUCAUUAUAUUCAUUAUUUAUUUAUCGAAAUGGUUUCUUAACUUUGUUCAUAAAUAUCUAGUUAUAAAUUAUUUUAUAACUGCGUGAUUAGUAGCCAGCGAAUGUCGCUUUGUCUACAUUUUUAGCUAACUGUGCAGCAGAAAAAUGGCGACUAACGGUCGCGAGGAGGAAAGCACUGCUGCCGCUGCCGCUGCUACGAUCUGGAGGCAAAGGCUGCUCAAAUGCUGGAACUUUGUCCUGGUCAACAAGUUUUUGUUCCUAAGUCUGUUGGGGGUUGCUGGUGGUGUCAUACUGGGCUUGAUUCUGAAGACCUACACAUAUUUAACUUCAGUCACCCGGCACUACGUCGGCUUUCCUGGAGAAAUACUCAUGCGGAUGCUUCAGGUGGUUACUGUUCCUCUUAUUGUAACCAGUGUGGUUGUUGGUGUUUCUGGUCUAACUGUCAGAGCAUCCAGAAGAAUUGCCAUUUGUGCAGUGAUAUAUAUUAUGUCAAGCUCACUGAUAGCUGUGAUCACAGGAAUGAUAUUGGUCGUGAUUUUCAAGCCAGGAGUUGACUACGUUGAGGAUGAAGAGCCAGGUGAGGAAGAUUUCUCCACCGUCGAUGCCCUGCUAGAUGUUAAGGGCAUCUCACAGGAAGUGCAAAGUCAGGGUAGAGUAACCACAAGAGACUGAAACCCAAAACAAAACGGACACUAAAAUAGAGCAGAUACACUGAAGACACUGCGCUGUCACUGAGGAAACACAAUAUUUUCAGGUCAGUGCCGGUCACUUGGGUCAAAUUUAGGACCAACAUACUGACUGUAAGAAAUAGAUCUACAGGAAGUCCUCAUUAAAAGUGGCAGUGUUGAGGGCAUACGUCCAGAAUACCUUUUUCAUUUUGUCCCACCAGUUAGCUGACCUGAGGCUGCUGUGGCUGAAACGCUUCCAUAGUUGGCCAUAAGUUUCCUAUACGAAUGAUCCUUCACCUCUGACCUCUGUAAACAGUGCUGAGAUAAGUUUUGUGGGCUCGGUCAUUGAUUUUGAUUUAUUAUGAAUUAACCUUAUAUUUUUAAUAUUCAUACCAACAUGGGGAAGCAAAAUGCUCAUCUCGACGCUUUAAAAUGUGAUCGACUGGAGCCAGCCUCAAGUGGUCACUGGAGGUACUGCAGUGUUUGGCACAAGAGGCUAUGAUGGCUUUUUGUGGUUUUCCUCUGUGAUCGAUUAGUUUGAUGUCA